UUUUUGUGGUUUUUUAUAAGCCCUUUAAAUGGCAAAUAAUUUAUUUUGUAUUAAUCUACAAAACAGAAGUAUUUUACUUUAGAUCUUUUUUCAAGAUUUUAUUUUGUCAGUAAAAUGUUGGCUUUGCAUUUGAAAUUUGAUUUUGAAGUAAAACAAACUUGGGGGCAGUCUUUGGAUUUUGUCAUGUUGCUGCAGCCCCUUUUAAUUGGUUUUCUGUUUCACAGACAAUAAGGAGGAACUUUCUGUUUAUUCUUCUAUUAAAAGUAAAAAGCCUUUGACCAGCAAAACAGAAGUCCAAGCAUCGGGCAGAUGGUUUCAUCACCUGCUGUGUUUGGGGAUCAUUUGUUUCCUCCUGUGUGCCACCAUCAUCACUGUCAUCAUUUACUUCACCAUGGAAACAAAGAAACUGGAGCUGAAUCUCAGUGACCUGGAAGCAAAAAAUGAACUACUGACUUUGGAGAAGAAAGAUUUACAAAACCAGACUGAAGAUCUGAGGAUGAAGAUGACAAAACUAGAGAAUCAGACACAGCAGCUGACUGCAGAGAAGAUGUUCUUAAAGAACCAAACCAUGGAGAUGACGGUUAACAUGACAAUCCUACAAAACCAGAACGAGCAGCAGAGAAACAACAGUGACAAACUCAACAAGAUGCAGGCAGCAAUCAUCAGUUACACCAACUUUCCAGCUGAUCUCUUCUGCCCUGAUGGAGUUUGUCAGACGUGUCCCAAAGACUGGAUUCAGUUUCAGAAAAGCUGCUAUUUUUUUAAUCAUUUUAUUUCUCCGUGGAAAACAUGGGACCAAAGCCGACAGCUUUGUCAAAGCAACAAAUCAGACCUGGUGGUUAUCAGCAGUCUUGAGGAACAGACAUUCAUCUAUAACACAAUAGAAUUCUACCAUGACAUCUGGCACGGAUACUGGAUUGGUUUACAAAAAGUGAACAACAACUGGAUCUGGGUGGAUGGCAGUCCAGACACACUUGGGUACUGGAACAACUCAGGGAGCUCAGAAAUCUUUUCUAUUAUAGCCAAAAAUCCAGCUUUGAACCACAGCUGGAUCAUAAACCAAAAUGUCUUUUUGAACAGAUUCAUCUGUGAGAUUAAAGCUUUGAUUUUCUGAUCAGUUAAACUGAACUUUCUCCUGCUACUGUGUUUCUUCUGUGUUUACUUUUUCAAUUUUUUAGUUGAAAGGAGAUAUGUUAUAAACCUCAAUAUCAUGAUUAAAAUUGUUGGAAUCAAGCCUCAAAUCUCAGAAUAUUAGCUUUAAAUGUCUGCAGCUCUGGGUUGUUGCAUGACCCAACUUUGACCUCCUGAUCUCCUAAAAACAAACCCUGACCAGCCCACACUGCACUAGAGAACAGGGAGGAUUGUUGUUUUGUCAUCUUCAUUUUGGCCAAAAGUCCCAAAGUUCUGUGGUUCUGCUUUCCACUAACUUCAUGAUCUUCUGUCAUUUUAAUGCAACAUACCUGUUCUGACCGCUUUAGAUCUGGUUUUGUUCUUGUUUUGUUUUCACUGUGUACCAAUUGUGGAUUUGGAAAAAUGUUUAAAAACUACAGUUUUUGUCUACAUUAAAUUGCAUUUCUUUAAAUAAAAAUGUUGCUCUGUCCACUUCUCCAACUACAGGUAAAUGUAAAGAUGGUGUAGAAAUGUACACACUU